AUGGCUGCCAGCAGCCGGUGCCGGCUCCGAGGUCUCAGGAUCCCGGUGGAGGCGGAGGUCGGGGGCCGACUCUCGUCCCGCUCGGACAGUGGGAGUGGGGAGGACUCGUUGGAUCGGCUCCUGCCCCCGGCCGGAGGGCCCCCCCGCAGGAGGAGCGCCCCUCCCCUCAGCUCCACAGAACCCCACCUGCUGCGCACUGGCUCUCGAACCGUCUACACCGCCGGGCGGCCGCCGUGGUACGACGAGCACGGAACGCAGAGCAAAGAGGCCUUUGUCAUCGGUCUGUGUGGGGGCAGCGCCUCAGGUAAGACCACGGUGGCCAACAAGAUCAUCGAGGCUCUGGAUGUGCCGUGGGUCGUUCUGCUGUCCAUGGACUCGUUCUACAAGGUGUUGUCCUCAGAGGAGCAGACUCUGGCAGCGAGUAACGAUUACAACUUCGAUCACCCGGGGGCGUUCGACUUCCAGCUGCUGGUCGCCACGCUGAGGAAACUCAAGCAGGGCAAGAGCGUGAAGAUUCCUGUGUACGACUUCACCACGCACGGCCGCCAGAAAGACUGGAAAAACGUGUACGGAGCCAGUGUGAUCAUAUUUGAGGGCAUCAUGUCUUUUGCAGACAGAGAGCUUCUGGAGCUCCUGGAUAUGAAGAUCUUCGUGGACACGGACUCAGAUAUCCGUCUGGUGCGGCGGCUGCGCAGAGACAUCGGGGAGCGCGGCCGCGACAUCGAGGGCGUCAUCAAGCAGUACAACAAGUUUGUGAAGCCCGCCUUCGAGCAGUACAUCGAGCCCGCCAUGAGGCUGGCCGACAUCGUGGUGCCCAGAGGUGGGGGGAACAUGGUGGCCAUCGACCUGAUCGUGCAGCACGUGCACAGCCAGCUGGAGGAGCGUGAGCUCAGUGUCAGGGCGCUGCUGGCGUCGGCUCAGCAGAACCAGCCGCUGCCGCAGACGCUCAGCGUGCUGCAGAGCACGCCGCAGGUCAGGGGCCUGCACACCAUCAUCAGGAACAAAGAGACCAGCCGGGACGAGUUCAUCUUCUACUCUAAGAGAUUAAUGCGGCUGCUCAUCGAGUACGCCCUCACCUUCCUGCCCUCUCAGGUGUGUGUAGUGCAGACCCCGCAGGGCGAGGAGUACGAGGGCCGCCGGUACCAGGGGAGAGGGAUCACAGGCGUCUCGGUGCUUCGGGCCGGGGAGACGAUGGAGCCGGCACUCAGGGCCGUGUGCAAAGACGUCCGCAUCGGGAAGAUCCUGAUCCAGACCAACGUGGACUCGGGAGAACCAGAGCUGCACUACCUGCGUCUGCCCAAAGACAUCAGCGAGGACCACGUGAUCCUGAUGGACAGCAGCGUGUCCACCGGCGCCGCCGCCAUGAUGGCCGUCCGCGUGCUGCUGGACCACGAGGUGCAGGAGGAGAGGGUGGUGCUGGUGUCGCUGCUGAUGGCCGAGCUAGGCGUGCACUCGGUGGCCUACGCCUUCCCCAAGGUCCGGAUCAUCACCAGCGCUGUGGACCAGAGCCUGGACGACCUGCUGCACGUGCUCCCGGGCAUCGGGGACUUUGGGGACCGGUACUUCGGGACGGACGGUUCGGACAGAGGCAGCGACGAGGACCAAGAGCCGUCACACUGACACACACACACACACACACACACACACACACACACACACACACACACUACCUGUCACUGUGCGUCCUGCAACAUGAACUGUGGUGCUCUUUACAGCAGCUGUGUGAGUGUUUGUGAGCGUUCACUUUCAGGUAAAUGCAAGAACAGCACCAUCAAAAACGCUAUUAUUUUAUCCUGGGUCGCACCAGCUGUUGUUCUUAGAAAAUACUAGAGAGCAUUUCAGUUUUUCCAGUCGGGUUACACCAAUACAACGUGUUUCUGGGACUUCAAUGUAAUAUAUAAUAACAGCUGAUGCAACCAACUCAAGGAAACCUCUACAUUACGCUGCUGUGAUGCAUCGUCUUUAUAUAUAUUAUGUUGGAUUUUAUAUCACUGUUGCACAAAUGUACAUCUUGUGGUUCCACAGUUUGAAUAAAUCUUUGAUACAGGGUAAAAGAAAACACUUUUUUUAUCGCGAGGUCACUGAGGGUCAUCGUGGUGUUAAGCAGGGUUCAGAAUCGGCCCCUGUGAUGCACGGUGCAGCCUGCAGGGGGCAGCAGAGGGCACGAUUAGCCCCUCAGAGGGGUUUACAGUUAGUCUCUACAGGAGGAAGUAAAGCAUCUACACAUCUUCACUCACACGAGGAAACGGGUUGGUUCUGUUGGCCUCAGUGUCUGUUUUCAGUCACAGGCUUUCUCUUUGUGAUUUUGCUGAGAAACGGCGGAGGAAAAUAACCGUCCUUAAUAUAUUCAUUUACUCUUAAGUGUGUGGAUAUCUGAGUUCAGUGUUCACGAUGCACCUGCUGGAUAACACGGUGAUUUAUCAUGUGUGUCUUACAGCUCAGAAGGAAAGCGUCACACCUCAAUGUUUGCGUUUGUAUCUGAUGUUGAUUUUGAGUUUUGCAGCCACGUAACUUCAUGACUUCAAUGAUUAUCUGAAGCAGAGUGUGAUGGUGCAUCUCAGGACAGAAGGAACACACCUCAAAUUCUUUAUCAACACAAGGUGAAUGGCACUUUUGCUGCC